GGAGCUGAUCAUCAUGGCAGAUGACAAUUUGUGGUAUGAAGGGAUAUGUUUCCCGAGGGUCAAUUACAAACCUGAAAUCCUCAGAAAAGUACGAGAAGAGUUUGUGAUGAAGGAUGAAGAUGUAGUAAUAGUCACUUUCCCCAAAUCAGGAACACACUGGUUGAUUGAGAUUCUCUGCCUGAUUCAUUCCAAGGGGGAUACCAAGUGGGUCCAGUCUGUGCCCAUCUGGGAGCGCUCACCCUGGAUAGAGACUGAGUAUGGGUUUGAAUUAGUAAAUGAGAAGGAGGGCCCACGCUUGCUCACCUCCCACCUCUCCAUCCGUCUCUUCCCCAAGUCUUUCUUCAGUUCCAAGGCCAAGGUGAUUUACGUCAUCAGAAAUCCCAAAGAUAUUAUUGUAUCCAGUUAUUUUUUCUGGAAUUCAGUGAAUUUGGCUAAGAAACCCAAGUCAGUGGAACAGUAUCUUGAAUGGUUCAUGGAAGGAAAUGAGACAGAGUGUCACUUUGUUGCCCUUGGUAGAGUGCUAUGCCGUCACAGCUCACAGCAACCUCCAGUUCUUGGGCUUAGGUUGCCUCAGCCUCCAGAGUAGCUGGGACUACAGGCGGCCACCACAACGCCCGGCUAUUUUUUGUUGCAGUUGUUUAGCUGGCCUGGGCUGGGUUCAAACCCACCACCUUCAGUGUAUGUGGCUGGCACUGAAACCACUGUGCUAUGGGUGCCGAGUCAAUGAGAUCCUUCUUGUGAGUUCACAAUGUAUACAUAAAUCAAAACAUCGUGUUGUACACUGUAAAUACAUAAAAGUUUUAUUUGUCAAUUAUAUCAUAAUAAAGCUGGUGAGGAGUGAACUUAAUAGAUAGGAUUAACCUGUUUCUCUGCCUCCCCCAUGCGGUACCAUAUGGGCCAUGGUUUGACCACAUUCGUGGCUGGGUGUCCAUGAGAGAGAGGGAGAACUUCCUGAUGCUGAGUUAUGAAGAGGUGAAACGGGACACAGAAAGAACUAUGGAGAAGAUCUGUCAGUUCCUGGGUAAGAAGGCAGAGCCAGAAGAACUUGACCUAAUCCUCAAGAAUAGCUCCAUUGAGGUCAUGAGAGAAAACAAGAUGUCCAAUUUCUCAAUGGUGGAUGAUACUUAUUUAAUUCAGAAAAACCCGCUUCUGAGAAAAGGUAAAAGCAAAUACUCUGGUUUAAAAAUGUGUCAGAAUACAUGUCUUGUGUUUACAGCAGGUGCUAUCAGUUGAGAUGAGGAGUGUUUGAGUGUGUCAACUGCAAAUGCUCAUCCCCCAGAGCAUUUCUCCUGUCCCCUUAUUAGGGGAUCUCUUGUCAUGGUGCUGGUGUGGGCGGCAGGCACUUGGAGAAAUUUGAUCCAUCCUAAAAUGGUUACCUGAGUGAUGAGGCAGCAUUUCGAUUCUCUGUCCUGUGAAUUUUACACAAGAGCAUGUCCAUUCUACAAACAGUGACCAGGUGAAUUAGCUCCUCCUGCCAAGCUUGUGAGCCAUGACUGACCUGCAGAAGGAUGAUGGAAUUGAAAUGUUCGCAUUAGGGCUACCCCAUUGGGCAGUUAGUGUAGAGAACUGUCCUUAACAAGAAAAUGAAUGAAGGAAUGACUCAGCUGGAAAAAGGAGAGAGGUGUCUAAUGCUAUUAGACAUUGUGAGGCCGCCUGUGAUUAAAACCAUGUCCCUACCUACCCAUGGGCUCAAAACAAAUGGAAAUAUCUUCUGCAUGGAGGUCAAGAAUUCAUUCUUUUUCCAAUAUCCUACACUUCAAAUGUAUCUGGGAUGGUGAUCCACGGAAGAAAAUAAUGAAAUGCUUCCAAAGCAUCAAAGGACCUUGAGCAGGUCAGGCCUCUGAUGCUCCAGUUGGCCAGGAGGACAGAGACCAAGAAGGUCAGUCUUGAUCCCUAAAAUGUGAUGGAAUUGGUCCUGCUGGGUUUUGGAUUGCUGGGGUCCCAUGACCUUCUUCUUCUUUCAGAUUUCUCUCCUUUGGCAUGAGAAGAUCUAUCCUCUGCCUUCCCUACAAUUGCAUUUUGAAAGCAGGUAACAUGUCUGGUUUCACAGGUUAGCAGCUAGAGAGGAAUUUUGCCUUAGAAUGAAUCACACUUCAAGUCUCAUUCUUGCCUUGGUGACACCUGGGUGAUAGUUACAUGAGAUUUUGCACUUACAGUUAAGACUUUUGGGCUGCUGGGCUGGGGUGCAGGAAUUAUGUGUAUGAGAAGGACAUGGAUGUGAGGGUGCAUAAGGCAGAGUGAUGUCGGCUGAAUUCUUAGGUUACAAUCCUAACCUCUAGCACUUCUGAAUGAAAUCAUAUUGGGAUAUAAUAUCCUUAAAUCUUCAUAGAGGUAACUAAGUCAAAAUCACAUUUAUAGGGGGGCCCUACCCCAGUGUGUGUGUAUUCUUAGAAGUAAAGGAAAUGUGGACACACACAUGUGCACACACAGAGAGCAGAGGAAAGAACAAUGGAUGUUUACAGGGCACCAGUUGCAUGUUAGACAUUCUGCUCUACCAUUUCUACUGCAUAAGCAUAUAAUAUUUAUAUAUAUAUUUAUUUAUUUAAGACACAGUCUCACUAUGUCACGCUUGGUAGAGUGCUGUGGUGUCAAAACUCACAGCAACCUCAAAUUCUU